AUGGAGCCGCCGGGCACCGCCGGGGCACCGGGCGCGGCGGGGCGGCCCUGGGAGGACGCCAAGGCUUUCUACGACAACCUCGCCCCCAAGAAGAAACCCAAAUCGCCAAAGCCCGAGAAUGCCAUCACCAUUGCGGUGUCGUCGCGGGCGCUUUUCCGCAUGGAGGAGGAGCAGAAGAUUUACAAGGAGCAAGGGGUGGAGGCCUACGUGAAAUACCAGCUGGACCAUGAGAACGAGCCCUUCCUCCCCGGGGCUGCCUUCCCCUUCGUCAAGGCGCUGGAAGCGGUGAACACGCAGCUGCGCGAGCUCUACCCCGACAGCGAGGAGCUCUUCGACAUCGUCCUCAUGACCAACAACCAUGCCCAGGUCGGGGUGCGGCUGAUCAACAGCAUCAACCACUACGAUCUGUUCAUCGAGAGGUUCUGCAUGACUGGAGGGAACAGCCCCAUCUGUUACCUCAAGGCUUACCACACCAACCUCUACCUCUCCUCCGACGCCAAGAAAGUGAGUGGGGCCAUUGAAGAGGGGAUUGCCGCGGCCACCAUCUUCAGCCCCAGCAAAGAUCUGGAGGUGUCGGAGAACCAGCUGCGGGUGGCAUUUGACGGUGACGCCGUGCUCUUCUCGGAUGAGUCGGAGCAGAUCGUGAAGGCUCACGGCCUGGAUAUGUUCUUUGAGCAUGAAAAGGCUCAUGAGAACAAGCCUCUGGCACAGGGACCCCUGAAGGGCUUCCUGGAGGCCCUGGGGAAGCUGCAGAAGAAGUUCUAUUCCAAGGGGCUGAGGAUGGAGUGUCCCAUUCGCACCUACCUGGUGACAGCCCGGAGCGCCGCCAGCUCGGGAGCCCGGGCCCUAAAGACUCUGCGCAGCUGGGGCCUGGAGACGGACGAGGCGCUGUUCCUGGCCGGGGCUCCCAAGGGGCCGCUGCUGAAGAAGAUCCGGCCUCACAUCUUCUUCGACGACCAGAUGUUCCACGUGGAGGGAGCCAAGGAGAUGGGCACCGUCGCUGCCCACGUCCCCUACGGCGUCGCCCAGAAGCACAAGCGGCCGGCGCAGGAGAAACAGCCCCAGAACAGCAAGUAG